GGAGGUCAACGCGUCGCCGUCUGUUCGCCAGGCCGAAGGGGUAAAGGCGCAGGCAGGGCAUCAAGCAGAAAAAAUGCAGGCAGUGCGCGCUUGUGUAGUAGCAUCGCCAUCGGCAUUACCGAUGACGGAAUCACUGGCGAUGGCGGGGUUCUGUCGUCUUCGACCUUGUCGUCUUCCUGGUGCCGACCAGGUUAGCCGAGUUAUGCAUGUCGUUGACCUCAACGAGUCGAGGUCCGUGCUGCGCUCUUCGCCGAGUCGGGUGGGGGUCUGCACUGGAGCCCGACAUCGCAGUCGCCGCGGUGGAAGAGAGCGUCAGAGUCGGUUCAAAGACUGGAAACAUGGGAGGGGGUCGUUGUGUGGAGGUGACAUCCGGACGAGUAGUCGGCUAGCAUGGCCUCCCUGUGUAGGAUCAGAGGGAGUCUUUCCAGAGAGGCAGCUGUUCACGCUGCGAGUUGAGGCCAUUUCUGGUCUUCCUGGAGGCGAUGGGCUUCCGCCUACCUCUGGCGCUGUAGGCGGGCACUCGGGUCUUGACACCUCAGCCGCUGCAGGGCUAGAGGCAAAGGAGCAGGAGAAAGACAAGGAUGCCAAGAAGGAAGAAGAGGAGAAAGACAAGGCUGCUAAGAGGGAAGAAAAGGACAAAGAGAAGGCUGCGAAGAAGGAAGACGAAGAGAAACAUAAGGCGGCCGUGAAGGAGAAAAAGGAGGAAGAGGAGACUUCCUCUUCUUCUAGUGAAUCGAGUGAUUCUAGCGAGGACGAAGAGGAACAUGAGACGAAGAAGAGCAGUGAGAAGACGUCCGACAAAAGGAGAGGAGUUGCCCACUCAGAUGACAAGAAGAAGGAUAACCAUAACCAUAACCGAGCCGGGCAAGCUAAUCCAAGUAGUUCACACUCUGGGGAGUCGGGAUUUGCUACCGGUAGUCUCUCCAAUCCUGGCCAUCAUUCAAAUCCCGGUAAGCAGUCGAAUCCGGGUGAGGAGUUCAACCCUGGCAGCGCUGCCGAGAAGAAUGCUGGGAUUGUAGGGAUGGUGCAGUCCGCAGGGGAAGAAAGCGAUAGAGUCGACGUCUCGAGAACAAGCUCUGUGGAGAGCGGUGGACGUGGUGGAGGAGGUACUUCUCUGGUCAGGGGCGACCGAGGUGGACAAGCUCUGGGCGGGUCAAGUACAUCUCUGUCUUUCCCGUCUGGCGGUAUUGGUCGCACGUCAAUCACCCCAUGGAUGGCACCGACAUCCUCCUUGCUGCUACUCUUGGAUUGGCUAGAUGAUUUCGGACGCUGGCGGGGCAAUCUAUUUUUAGAUCCUUCAUGGAUGGACGAAGAUGUGGAUAUCCGACAAACGGAUAAUGCCUACGUGGCAAAGGUGGACAUCCCCGGUUUCAGCAAGGACGAUGUUCAAGUCCGAGUCGAAGAUGAUGUUCUCGUUAUUGAAGGUCAGCAUAUUGACGAUCCAAAGGAUCCCUCUGAGGCGAGGUACUGCUCGCUCAACUUAGACCUGCCAGACGAUGCGAAGCCGGAGAAUAUUACCGCAGAUUUGAGAUAUGGAGUGCUCACCAUCACCGUGCCAAUCGACCAAGAAAUAAAGAGGAACGUCAUCAAUAUUGAAGUGAAGUCCGGAGGCGACUAGAGAAUUAGUGACUGAAGAUAACCCCAAACGAUCAUUCAGAGGCCAAGGGUAGUUGCUCGCUCAACUUUGAUCUGCCAGACGAUGCGAAGCCGCAAAAGAUUACGGCAGAUUUCAGAGAUGGAGUGCUCACCAUCACCGUGCCAAUCGACCGAUAAAUAAAGACGGACGUCAUCAAUAUUGGAGUGAAGUCCGGAGGCGACUAAAAAUAAAAAUUAGCGACUGGAAAUAAAAAGAUCGUUCGCAACUUCGCAUUAGUACGUCGAUUACCGUCUCCCACCGAACACAACGCACCCUGAUUACGAAUGUAUACAAGCGACGUGUUGGGUUCCAUACAGUCAAAAGGAGGGUGCGUUGUGUUUGGGGGAAAACGAAUAGUUCGGCUAGAUGAUUGAAAGGAGGGGUCAAAAAACGGGUACACACAUCCUUUUUUCCUUGGUCGAGUAUAACGUAGUGGGCGGACUCCUCCAGAAUGCACCCGGCUCCACUGCGGGCUCCGCAAAACAAUUGAACAGAAGACAAUUGAACGGACCUGUGGCCCUGCCUUCUAAGGUUUUCUUCCCCCACAUAGAGCGCACGGUCAUUCUGUUCUAUUUUGAGCUUGAGCUUUUCUUUUUUUUUCUUGUGGGGGCAAGGAGCAAGUUUACUGUCUCAAUCAGAGGAGCAUGCACGACGUUGCACGUUCAUUACGAUGUUUGAGCUUGAGGCUUUUUUUUUAUGUGUUUUUUUUUUUGGGCACGGAGCGCGAUGCUUACUGUCUCAAUCAGAGGAGCAUGCACGUUCAUUACGAUGUAUUUGCGCCCCUUUCCGUCUAGAUUCUCAGCGCUAAUGACCCUGCGUUCUAUUCGAGUGGCGACGGUAGGUAUGUCAUAUUUCAUCGAGAGAAGAACGAAGCUGGAGUAAAGAACUCCAAAGGUGAUGGUGCUUUUGAAGGAUGUAAAGUGCAAAUAACCAACCGAUCGACGCCCUUCUGCCAGUGGUUGGUUAUCAGAGUCAACAGGAGGAUCGUCCUUCUUCAAUUCGCUGAACGGAUUGACGGCCUGAUGAUGACAGUGGCGUUCUUUGGUGUUGUGUUCCACGCAGGCGGAUGGAGUGCGUUUUCAGGAGGCCGUGGUGAUGGUGUAAUAGCAGGGAAAGCCGAAAUGGGAGCGGAGGUGGGGUAUGAAAGAAGAAGAGAGAGUUCACGAGUUUGAAAGAAGACAAGAGACUGGGAGAGAUGCAUGUGCAUGGUCAAUGGGCCUCGGUCGUGACCACAUGCAGAGAAGAAAAAAAAAAUGGCAGUGUAUAUUUCCAUGUUGUGGCGGAAGAUUCGUUCACAUUUUGUGCAUUUGGUGAGUAGUGGAGCGGGGCUCACUGACUAACCGUGGUGGAUAGAAAAAUCGAGUUGGUAGGAUGGAUUUUUACGUGACGACUUCACGUGAUGACAUUCACAGGCGGUCAAACUGAUAAGAGUCAUGCAAGCAUCUAGAUGCAGGUCAGGUCUACAUACAGUGUCUACACCUGUACGUGAGGAAAGGCUUACCUUCUAUAUAGACUGAAUUUGGCCGGGCGUGGCGACAGGCACUCUAUCGCUGGACUGAAUUUGGCCGCAAAGGCGGUCGGAGGUAGACGGAUCCUACGAGCAUGUAGAUACAGAUGCAGUCUACAUACAGUCAGGCGCUCGCAGUGCGAAGGAUAAUAAAAUAUUAAGAAAUGCCACUACACUGUAGUAUUGCAGGACUUUUGUGUUCUGCCCACCGGCGGAGCGUAGUGUGCCGUUUGAUGGUCUCGUACAAUUUUGGAGCGGUUUAUUUUAGCACGUAGUUACAAAUUUAGGCUACAUACAUAGGAGCACAGGUUAAAACAGAUCCCCGUGAGGACGCUUGACAAUGGGAAUGAUGUAUCUGGCUCGAGAGUCGCACCAGGUGCAGAACAAUUCCCAUGCGUCG